AUGAGUUACCGUGACUUGAACCUCAUCGCCGUGCGCAGCUUCCUCAACGAGCUGAGUCUCGACGAGAUCAUCCAAUAUGGUCCCAUAGGACCUACUUCCGACAGAUGGGCCUGCCUUCUCGAUGACGCUGAAAUGACCGGCGAGCCCUCGGUGUCGGGGACCACGUCGGACGAGGCCAGUGACAGUGAGGACCUCCAGCCAAUAAGCGUGGUCAGGAAAUGCCCCACUAAGAAGCCCAAGAAGCCUAAAACGGAGCUCCAAAGGAAGCUCCAGCAGGUAUACGACAAGAAGAGUCGUGUCAACAAACGCGCAAAACAUACAGCUUUGGGCGAUUCGUUCGUCCCGGUACUCGAGGAAUUUGUGGCGUUGAUACAGUUCCGCCUCGCCAAGACGGAGAACACGGCGAGUUUGCUCUCCCUCGCUAAGAAGAACGGAGUCUUUAUCCCGAGUGGAGACGUGGCGCAACUGCAGUUGGAGCUCAACCAAGGAGCUCUUGAGUGCAUUCAGUCCACUGUGGAGGACUGGGAGGCGAGAAAGACCGGGAAGACGGGCAAGUGUUUCUUAAAGCACUUGACUAUGGAGAUUCAAAGUAUAUUGAACAGUUUGGUGGCGCUGGGCGAGCAGUUGAAAGUGGCAUCGGAUGCGCUGCGAUGGCGACUUGAAGCGAAGACUACAGGAGUCUGGGUAUAAAUUUUGUAAAACGUAAUGUAAUAUUUGUAAAUACCCC